CCAUGCUUUCACCUCUCCUUGCAGCACUCAGAUAAGGAGCCAGUGGUAUCAGAGUGACCAUUUUGUUGGCCAUUUUCUGUAAAUUCUCUACAAAGGAGUCUACAGUCAAUAACCUUUCACUCCAGGCACUGCCUGUUUUACCUGCUCUGGGGCUGGCAGCCUCUGGCCCGUUCUCUGACAAUGGCUAAAGGCUGUGCAGGCUUUCGGGACUAAAACCAUCUCCAGGAGCUGACCCUGGCACUGUGACCUGCUGCACAGUAGGAGAGCAAAGCAUUUGCUUCUGGCUUUAUGGGCAAGAGGGGCUUGGGAUGGCCUGGGGCCAUGGCUGUGUGUGCUGACCUGGGCUGUGUGUGUACUGACCUGGCUGUGCCUUCCCCCCACAGGGAAUGACCUCUUCCUGGUGGCCGUCCAUGAGCUGGGGCACGCGCUGGGCCUGGAACACUCCAAUGAUCCCAGUGCCAUCAUGGCUCCUUUCUACCAGUACAUGGAAACACACAACUUCAAACUGCCCCAGGAUGACCUCCAAGGAAUUCAGAAAAUCUAUGGUCCUCCUAUAGAGCCCCUGGAGCCAACCAGGCCUUUACCAACUCUUCCUGUUCGCAGAAUUCACUCCACUUCGGAAAGAAAACACGAGAGACAGCCACGACCCCCCAGUCCUCCCCUGGGUGAUAGGCCAGCCCUCCCUGGCUCCAAACCAAACAUCUGUGAUGGCAACUUUAACACUGUGGCUCUCUUUAGAGGAGAAAUGUUUGUUUUCAAGGAUCGCUGGUUCUGGCGUCUGCGCAACAACCGUGUGCAGGAGGGGUACCCCAUGCAGAUUGAGCAGUUCUGGAAGGGCCUCCCUGCAAAGAUCGACGCAGCCUAUGAGCGCUCUGAUGGCAAAUUUGUUUUCUUCAAAGGAGAUAAGUACUGGGUUUUUAAGGAAGUGACGGCAGAGCCAGGCUACCCUCACAGCCUGGUGGAGCUGGGGAGCUGCCUGCCCCGGGAGGGCAUCGACACGGCACUGCGCUGGGAGCCCGUGGGCAAAACCUACUUCUUCAAAGGGGACAGGUACUGGAGGUACAACGAGGACAAGAGAGCAACGGACCCAGGCUACCCAAAGCCCAUCACCGUGUGGAGAGGAAUCCCUCAAGCUCCUCAGGGGGCUUUCAUCAGCAAGGAAGGCUUUUACACCUACUUUUACAAAGGGAAGGAGUACUGGAAGUUUGAUAACCAGAGGCUGAGCGUGGAGCCAGGCUACCCCAGGUCGAUCCUCAAGGACUGGAUGGGCUGUAACCAGAAGGAAGUUGAGCGGAGCAAGGACCGGCGCCUCCCGCACGACGACGUGGAUAUCAUGGUGACAAUAAAUGACAUGCCCAGCACUGUCAAUGCCAUCGCAGUGGUGAUCCCCUGCAUCCUGUCUCUGUGUAUCCUUGUCCUGGUAUACACAAUCUUCCAGUUUAAAAACAAAGAGGUGCAGCAAAAUGUUGUGUACUACAAAAGACCUGUCCAGGAAUGGGUAUGACACAGCCUGCUGCACAUUUCAACUCAUUGAGCUGAUGAGGACUAUGGACACACACAAAAAAGAGGAAAAAAUGCAUUGAAAAGCCUACCAAACAAAACUACUUCAGUGACCCACAAGUUUUGGACACCCUGGGAUGGAAAUAAGCAGGAAAACUGGAAAAAAAAAAAAAAAAAAAAAAAAAAAGGCAGGCAGUCUUGCAGUGUGGAGCCUCUUUCCUUUGUACUGCUUUGGUCACCUGCCAGUCGCGGUGCCAUCCACCGGCUCGCUCUGCCAGCACCAGAGUCUUUGAGACAGGUUUCAACUGAUCUGGGAAACUUCCUUCAGUUCCCUGCACCAGUGCUCCCUGUUAAACCCAGCAUUCUCCAGUGUAGCUAAACCACCUCUGAACAGAACCAUUUUUUUAAUAGCUGUCUCAUAAAUGAAUUAAGAUCAUGAAAUCUAUGAACAAGAACAAUUUCAGUGUCAUAAGCAGAAGACAUUCUGAUGCUGAAUCAUUCUAAAAAAUCUUCUUAGUUUAUUAAAAAAUCCAGGGAUCUACCUGGAUACGGUUUUCCAAUACCUGCUGGUCAGAUGUUUUGUACAUUCAUAACUAAUCAAUGCUGCCACUCAGCACAAUGCACGAGGAACCACCGAGCACUCAAAGAGGUACCGGAGUGCGGAGCAGAAGCUCAGGAAGCACCAAACCAGACACCUGGCAACGUCAAGCCCUAGACUGGGACAAUCUGAAGACAAAGUAAUUGGUUCUUAAAAAAAAAACCAAACCAAUAAUGGUUUUUGUUUUGGGAGCCACUCAUGAAAGAAAUAUUUAAGUGUAAUGUAAGUUGGUUUAAGGUCCCGCCAGCAAGAACCCAGGAACCAAUGGUUACCAAAAUACGGGGAAUGAGUAUAGACAGACUGCACUCUGCCUGUUCAGAUGCUGGGAAAAGAUGAGUUGUUGUUCCGUGGCAUGUGUAACUAGAUUGUGGAAUUUGUGUGUUGGGUUUCAGGAGAUGGAAAUGUUUGUUUGGAGUGAGGUCAUCAUUAUAUUUUGCUGAAAUAAUCAAGGUUCGGUAAGAAUUACGCCUGUUUAUAAAACUAAAUCCAACCCCUGUAGAUGUUACAUUGUAUGCCUUCAGAAUCUGGGGGCUUGUUUUGCCCACUUCUUCACAGGCAAAUAUUUGGCAAGGACCAAAGGAAGCAUGCCACACAGUAGAAUGAGUUUACCAUGUUUGACAGAGCCAUAAAAAUCAGGUAAAGGCAAGAAAAAUACCUUAACUUUCACCUAGUGACUUUCCACAGAUCUCUUCCUACAACAGUAGCUUCUGCUUGUCCCUCUUACAGUUGUGAGUGGUUCAGGACAUUGUGCCCUAGCCACAAAAUUUGAUUUUCAUGUUGAUGGUGAUUUUUUUUCCAUGUUGAAUAAGAGUGGAAGAGCCUUUUGCAGUGCAGUGUAAUGGUGAAGCCCAGCACUGUACAGAAGUGCCAUCCAUGAUAGCACAGGAAUUGCUUUGCCCGCUCACCAUGGGGAACAGGUGAUUAACCUAAACCCUCUGCCUAUAACUGAAUUUUAUUGAGUGCAAUGAAGUGCAAUGCACAGAAUGUCCACUUAGUAUAGAAAAAAUACAGCUUUGUAAUGUCAGCUCUGAAAAAAAACCCCAAGGACAACAAACACGCUAAAAGUAUUCCUAAUUACAAUGAGGAACAAAGCAGCAGAGAGAUCGUUAGCAUUCUGGAUUGGUAAUUAGUGCUCAAAUAUUGCUCUGGUGAAGCAGGAUAGACACUUAGAUUUGUCUGGUGAAGCCCACUAGGACUGCAUUAACAUGUGGUCUCAAACUGUAUUUUGUCCUUCAUAACUGAUUUCCAUAGCCAAGCUGUUUAUUGUGUUUAAACAUAAACUAUUACCAACAUAUUACAAAGUAAGUGAGAAGCUCGUAGAUGCGAAACUUUGAACUGUAGUGACAAAACGUGCUAACGUCUCAAGGUGAGUGAAGGAGUGCGAAGGACCAAAGGAAAUCAGAGCUCCUGAUCAGAUAGCCCCACGCUACUCCGCGUUGCUCUGUGUACCAGAGGUGUUGUGGGACACACCACGGCCACCUGGCACCUUGGUCUCAUCUGUACGCUGCCAUCUCGCCGGGACUGCAACAGCCCAAACCUUUGAGCAACUUCCAACAGCCAUCAUUAAAAAAAAAAAAAAAAAUGAAAAAAAUAAUUUACAACGGA